CAGAUGUUGUGUCUGAAUAUAUAAGUGGCCAGCCGGACUGGACUGUCAGUCGGUCGCACGCUUUACCGACAGCCAGCCGAACAAAAUGAAAACAAUAGCCAUCAUCGGAGCUGGAUGUAGCGGCCUGACUGCCAUAAAGUGUUGUAUAGACGAGGAACUGAUCCCUGUUUGUUUCGAAAGAGAAAAUGACAUCGGUGGAUUAUGGAAUUACAAAGAAAAUUCAAAAGUAGGAACCGGCAGUGUGUAUCGGUCAUGUGUUAUGAACACCAGUAAAGAAAUGAUGGCGUUUAGUGACUUUCCACCUCCUGAGGAUUUUCCUGUUUUCCUACCACACAGAUAUGUCAAUAACUAUUUUCAACUUUACGCGGACAAUUUCGAUUUACGGAAAUAUAUAAAAUUCCGUACUAUUGUCACCCGGGUGGUCCCGUCUCCGGAUUACGAUCAAACUGGCUGUUGGGACGUGACGUAUUGUUCAUGUUCUGGAUCAGACUUCGAAAAAGUUACCCGGAGAUUCGAUGGAAUUUUGAUCUGUACUGGACAUCACACUUUCCCGAUGACCCCGGAGUUCGAGGGAAAAGACGGAUUCCAGGGAAAGGUGAUGCACACACAUAGCUACCGCUCCAACAAGGAUCUCACAGACCAAAACGUUCUUGUGGUCGGAAUUGGAAACUCCGGAGCAGAUAUUGCUGUUGAUAUCAGCCACGCUGCUUCACAGGUGUAUCUAAGCACGCGCAGAGGUGCAUGGAUCAUUAACCGGAAGGGGUUUUGGGGACUUCCGGCAGAUGCAAUGGCUAACAGUAGAUUUGCAUUCAUGCUACCAAAAAGCGCCCUCCAGUGGGGAGUAGAGAAAAUGUCCAAUUUCAACUUUGAUCACAAGAAAUAUGGCAUUAAGCCAGCUAACAGAGCCUUGCAGUCACAUCCCACUAUAAACGACGAACUUCCACUUCGCCUGUUAACCGGAUGCAUCAAGAUAAAACCAAAUGUACGAAAAUUCGCACACGACAAAGUCUCGUUUGAGGACGGGAGUUCAGAGAAGAUCGACACAGUUAUUUUUGCCACUGGAUACAACUACACGAUACCAAUAGUGGACGAAUCCAUUACGAGGGUGAAGGAAAAUGAAACCUGUCUCUACAAGUUUAUGUACCCUCCCCACCUGCAACACCCUACUCUAGGCAUUAUUGGACUUGUCCAGGCGAUCGGAGCUGUCAUGCCAAUAUCGGAAAUACAAUGCCGAUGGUAUACAAGAGUCAUAAAGGGACUUUGCAAACUUCCUACGGAAGCGGAAAUGAUGGCUGACAUUGCGCGAAAAAGAGAGACGGUUGCUAGUGGUUACUACACCGCUAAACGCCACACAAUCCAGACAUUCUGGAUUGACUACAUGGACGAUGUUGCUGAACAAAUUGGCGUGAAACCCAACUUACGGCGAAUGGUUUUUGAGGACCCAUAUCUAGCCCUGAACUGUGUUUUCGGACCUUGCCUUCCUGCACAGUAUCGUUUGGAAGGCCCAGGAAAAUGGAACGGUGCCAAAUCAUCUAUCCUAAAUGCCAUGAACCGGUAUAGCGCCUCCAUGCGGUCAAAAGUUAUGCCAAAGAAUCAUAGUUCGUCCGCUAUGAAAAACAUUGACAAUAGUUCAGCUUCGACUGGAAACAAGAUUAUUGACCUUUUGACACGCAUUGGGAUCAGGAAGCGUAACUCCGCUUUGACUCUAGACAAGAAUGAACACUCGUCACUGAUAACAGACACCACAAACAGCAAUAUUGCGACUUUCCCAACAUUUCUGAAAUCCUUCUAUACUAUUUUUAUUGUUAUGUUCCUGUUCUUUUGUGUGUGUGUUGUUUGAACUUUGACAGAAUGCUACGGAUUUUUCGAAUGACGCGCCAUGUAUUUGCCAAUUUAAUAAAAUUAUCACUCAAUAAGAGUAAGAAAUGUCCCAUUUUAAAGUUUUUUUCUUAGAAACUAGCAUUGUUUGGCAAACGCAUAUGACUUGAAUUGAUAUAUUCAGGGAUACUGCGUCGCGCUUAACAUUUAUCUGUCUGUGUGCGGCAAGCCGUCCUUAUUUUUUUAGAAUAUGUUUUUAGAUAAUGUCGAAUUUGCUCUUAUUAUGAUCACUCUCUUGUCUGUUUUCCUAAACGUUUAAUGAUGUAUGUGUACUGACAUUUUAGCAAUAAAGCAAUUAAAUUGCAAAUAUUAACUUUGAAUGGAAUAUUGAUAGUUUCUGGAAAUACUUAUUCAGAUGUAUUAAGAAGUAUAUUCAGUCGUUCCGUUCAUAGAUCGAAAUAUAAAUAUAUAUAUAUAUAUACCUGUAUAUAUUGUGUAAAAUGUGUUCAGACAUAUGUAUCCAUUAUACUCAUGCACAGUAGUGUCUUUUAAACUUGUGGAAUGAAAUAACUUUUUAGAAGAUCAUGUAAACUAAGAUAACAUAUAAAUAUUUGUAUUGUUGCAAAUUCUGAUAUUUUUAUUCAUUGAGGAGUAGUGAAGCUUAAAACUGUCCCAUUUUUGAUGUUACCAAAAGGCAGUUGUUAACUAAUUUAUAGUUUUUUUUUUUUUUUUGUAAUUUUAUCUCAUUCUUUUGUUUCUCUUUAACGGUUUAAAUAUUCCAUUUUCGUUGUGUUUUUAUUUACUAAUUUUUGUUAACGCUACACCAGGGAUACGUUAUUUAGGAAAUGUAUACUAGUUUUUAUUAUGUCUAAGUAUAAAAGAGUGCUUUAUGAAAACAAUUUUACAAGGUCGAAAAUACAUUCAUGCACAUAAAUUGAUAAUAAUGUUUUCCAAUACUGAUAUCAAAGAACGAAUACAUUAUUAUGUGAUGCAAAUGAUGAGUAUUAUUGUUUUAAGGUGAUAUCAACGUUGAAUUUACAUUCUCAAGUAAAAUGCCAUCAAAUACUUGUAAUACAUUGUAAUACAACCGUAGUACAAGGGAGGUAAUCACAUGUUUAAUGUUGUUGUAAAAUGGCGUUUGUAAUAUAGAAAGUGGUGUAAUAUUGAUUAAUUGUUGAAUAUACGUUAAAUAUUUCUUUUCGCAAUUGAAAAUUGAAGAUUUACUAUAUAGUGUUUUACGGCAGGAAUUGGUGCAUCAAUACAUGUAUAAGAUUUCGCUCUUCCGUUGGAUUUAAUCGAAAAUGAAGAUCGCUAUGUAAAUAAUAAAGAUGUAUACCAUUUAAAUAUAUUCAACAAUUAGCUCGCACUAAAAUCUUUUGAUCAAAAUUAACGAAAGGGUUAAUCUGACGCAGACUUAAUUGAUUUUGUUUAAUUGUUGGGUUUCCUCGGCGUAAAAAUGUAUUUUUUUUUGUCUGAGGUUUUUAGUAAUAUAAAUUUCGUCGUCGAAAUACUAAGUUCUGUACGAUAUGAAGUCAGAUAUUUUCCGAGUUAAAUUAUUUACCAGGCAGUUCUGUUGUAAUUACCCCGUUUCUUAUUUGAAGAGUGUUACAUGACCUUGAUUGUUACCUAGAUUUACACGAAAUGUCGUCGACGAAUAAUCUUACUCUUCCAAUGCAUAAUUCCCUAAAACCUUUCUUGGGUUUCAAUUUAAAUGACUAGUGUGUUCAUAUUUUGUUUCCGCUAUGUCGAUAUUGAGUUAGGAUUAUUAGCAUUUCCUUGACAUAUCUUUAAUAAUAAUAAUUGGAAUAAAAUAAAGGGAGAUAACCAUUCGAUUUAUGUUUAUUAAAA